UCAUCGAUCAUCAACAACUAAGUUUGUUUCAGGCCAGGCAGUAGAUCAAGAGUGAUGAAAUGAAAGCAGUUUUACUUUUAGUUGACUUUACUCCGAUUUCUGUUUUCGUUUCGUAAAAUAUCAGAAGUUAAUCAAGAGCCAGUCUAAAGCAGUCAGGUACGGUAUGUAAUACUGUGCGAUCUGGGAGACUGUGAACUUUGAUUAUGAUGUUCUUUGUCAGUUUGUGGCUCAGGGAAUCGGAGCGGAUCUCCGCCCCCGAGAUUGGCUCUCGGCCGUGGCCCGUGGUUCCCUCAACCUCCGGCUCCGCGUGAUCCUGGCGCAGUUUGGAGGCAUCUAUAGGCAAGAUCCCCCAUCAUGAGGAUGUAUACAGGCAUCCUGUUACCAUGGAAACACAUCAUAUCACAUGUGAGACCAGUGUUUCCAAAGAGAUACUCAUCUGGAGGGAGAUCAACCAGGACUCCUUUCAUCCAAGCAAUCAAAGAGAGAUAUGGAGAUCGAACAGCAUUAGUUGACACUCAUCAGACAUACACUUAUAGAGAUAUCUUAAGCUGGAGUAUGGUUCUAUCGAGACACAUUCUCUCCAAUACCAAAAGAGAUGAAGCGCUUGCAAGGCGAGGGUCAAAGGUCAUACUGAACGGUGAGAGAGUAGCAUUCCUGUGUCCCAACGAUGCAUCGUAUACGAUUACCCAAUGGGGUGUUUGGAUGAGCGGUGGGAUGGCUGUUCCUCUAUGCAAGUCACAUCCAGAGUCGGAGUUAGAAUACAUCAUCCAGGAUUCGCAGAGCUCCCUGGUGGUAACAACUAAAGAAUUCUCGCAGAAGAUCAUACCUAUCGUUGAAAGACACAUGAUCAAUUACAUGGUUAUAGACAAUCAGGCUUUCCAUACUCCAGAACAGGGUGAUGGAGUUGAUAGGGAAACUCGGGUCGGGGUACAGGAAGAGCCACUCCUGCAAAGAGAAGAUGCUAUUGGGGACAAUCUUUCCAUCAUGACAUUCAAUCACCACACCGAUGAUUUAAUCCCAAUGAAUAGCCUAACUGAGAAGUGGAAGCAAAUACGUUGGAAGAAUCGUGGCGCCAUGCUGAUCUACACGAGUGGUACGACAGGGCGACCCAAGGGUGUCUUGAUGACCUUUGGUGCUCUUCAAGCUCAGAUUCAGAUGAUGAUAUCAGCCUGGGAUUGGACGUCCAGUGAUGUUAUUCUUCAUGUUUUGCCAUUACAUCAUGUUCAUGGUGUGGUUAAUGUUUUAGCGUGUCCUCUAUGGUCGGGUGCUACGUGUGUCAUGCUUCCCAACUUUGACGCAGAAAAGGUUUGGCAAAUGCUCCUUGAAGACCAUACACCUAGGGUGAAUGUCUUCAUGGCGGUACCUACUGUCUAUGUCAAGCUUCUAGAUUUCUAUCAACUCAAGUACACCACGCCAAAGGUUCAAGCUUUCAUUAGAGCAACAUUGAAAGAAAAGAUGAGAUUGAUGGUGUCUGGUUCGGCUGCAUUGCCUCAACCUAUUAUGGAUGAAUGGGAGAAAGUAUCGGGUCAUAGAUUACUAGAAAGAUACGGGAUGACGGAACUUGGUAUGGCUCUUACCAAUCCACUCAUCGGAGAAAGAAAACCAGGUGCAGUAGGGAAUCCCUUCCCAACCGUUGAGGUGCGAAUCAUGUCCUCCACCAACCAAGUCAUUGCCAGGGGCAACUGCUUUCACAGUGAGGUCGUACCAGGGUUCGAAGGUCAACCGGGUGACCUGCAGGUCAAAGGUCCAGCUGUUUUCAAAGAAUAUUGGAAUAGACCUGAUGAUACGAAGGACAGUUUUACUGACGAUGGUUGGUUCAUGACUGGAGACACGGCAUGCUUGGAUGAUGGUGUGUUCAGGAUCUUGGGAAGAUCAUCGGUGGAUAUCAUCAAGUCCGGAGGCUACAAGAUCAGCGCCCUCGAUGUUGAAAGACAUCUCCUCUCCCAUCCCAUGAUCGCCGAGGUUGCUGUGGUAGGUCUCCCAGACAUCACUUGGGGUCAGAGGGUCACUGCCAUAGUAACGUUAAAGGCAGGUCAAAGGUUAAGUCUUGGAGAACUUAGGAAUUGGGGGAAGGAUAAGCUGCCAUCGUAUCAGAUUCCUACAGAGUUGAAGAUCAUAGAGGAAAUACCGAGGAACGCGAUGGGGAAGGUUAAUAAGAAGCAAUUAGUAUCUCAAUUAUUUGGGAUUGAAUGAAUAGAAAUUCAAUGGGGUAAAUUGCAGUAUACUCCUCAGGGAUUGGUGAUUGGGCAAGCCGGAAUCUUUGUUGACUUUGGUAAUCGUAGGUUUGUAAAGUACUUAAAGAGUUUAUUACAUUGUGAUAAGCAUUACAUGACAUUCAGACAGAUUUUUAUAUGUCAAAACAUCUUGCUUUGAGAUUUACUGUAUUAGAAAAUGGUGCUCGCAAAGUUUAUCAAACACAUCUAACAUUCAGUUACAUGAAUGAUGAAUGUGAAAAAAAAGUCAUUGAAAAGUUGUAGAGAAAAUAGACUUGUGAGCAUAAUAGACACGACUUGAAAUCAAAUGACCAUAACUUUUUUUAUCUCUUUCUAAUCAAGAGAAUCCCUGCGAAAUUAGGGAUUGAUUGAUGUGUAUACCUUGAUUUAGUACUAAUGAAGCCUUUAGAUCUGAAUUUUAUCAUAAAGUAAAUAUUUCAGAUCAGUUUUUAAUUCAAUUAUUAUUAUUAUUUGUUUGGCGUCACCUGUGCCUGGGAGGCGAAAAGCGAACUGAAUCACUAUGACCCGCAGGUCUCUCCUCCCGAUAUAACCGAUUGGGGGGAAUGCAGGUGGACCACUACACCGGGAUUUCCCCCUACUCUUAUACGAAUAGUGCAGACACCGGGAUUUCCCCCUACUCUUAUACGAAUAGUGCAGUGGGUUCUUAACGUGCAAAGGUGGUGACGCUCCUCUACACGGGGCCUCUAUUUAACGUCCUAUCCGAAGGACGGAGUGUUUUCCAUUGUAACAUAGCCUGCAUCUAUGAAACAUGGGAGAGACGUUUACACACAACGCACUGGCUUCAGUCAUCCACCCGGGGUGGACUCGAACCCACGAUCUUUGGUUCGACGGGCAGACGCGUUACUGACUGAGCCAACACCGCUCUCAUUCAUUCAUCAGUAAGAGAUCACCAUGAUGUGUAAAAGACAUGACACCCUAAACGUGACACGACUUAAAAGCAUUCAAUUACAAAUGUAAAGCUUAUGUCAGUAAUUUUAGUCCUACCCGUACCAUAAACAUCUAUGAAAUUAAUUCUGAAGUUAAAUGUAGAAUAAAUCUAUUCAAACAUUGCAAUCCCCCCCCCAAAAAAAAAAGUAGAAAAUUUGCAAAAAGACAUUUGCAUUUUUGGAAGAGAGGUAUGCCUAAAUUUACUUUAAAUAUAUUUAGAUACCACUCAAAUUAAAUAGCUUGAUGAGUUUGAUUAAUUGAUACUAAAUUUGUCACUUUAGCACCACACAUAUUGUUUGAGUUAUUACAGAGGAAGGGUAACACUUUUUUUUUAAUUAUUUUUUUUUGUUUGGGGGGGGGGGUAGGGGGACUUACCCAGAAGCUCUUUAAUAUGGAGUCUUUGACUCUGUAAUGUAAUGUGGUUUGGAUUAAUAUCGCCCUUGUAUUUUUAUUUUUGUAUCAAGAAAACUUUGGCCAUUUGCAGCUGCAUGUAUAAAAGCAUUUUCUAAACAAAAGUGUGUGUGUUGGUAGGGUUUGAUUUCAAAUCAAAAGGAUUAAUUAAAAAAAGAAAUUUAAAAAAGUUUCAAGUAAUUCUGUAAAAUCUGUUGAGGUGAAUUGCCAGGAAGAUAGUAGUCCAUAGGAAUUGGAGGUGACACUUAGUAAGUCGUAUCUCUUUGGAUGAACAUGAGGAUCGUAUGGAAUUUCAUUAUUUAUACAAACUUGUGCUUCAUUUUUCAACAUGUUAAAUCUGGAUUUAACUUGUUGUUAUGGCAUGAUAGUGAGCUCUGUGCUCCAUUAUAGUCUCAAAGAAUCGAAAGUCUUGCCAAGGCCAAUCAAAUUUGCAGUUUCAUGUGCAUGGCAUUCACCAUGCCCAAUAUUAGCCAAUCAGAAUCAUUGUUGCAAGGGUGGGAGUGAUCACAAAUUAAGCUGAACAAAGGCUUAAAAAAGAGCUCGGCCUCCCAUAUAUUUUUUGUACAGAGGAGAGCUAAAAUUAGCUUCAAUUAAGCUGAAAAUCAAAAGCAAAUAUAGCUGAAAUAGCUUAAAAGCUAAAAUCUCUUACCCCUGGUAUUGGAGGAAACUUACAAAUGAUUGCAAACUUCGGGGCCAACAUACUCAUUCUUUGAAAUGAAGUAUGUCAAAACUAAUUUGAAUCAAUAAUUACUUGUUUAUAUAAGCUUUGGCGAUUUUUUUUUUAUUCUUGAGGAGUCUUCCAAGAUGUACUUUGAUAUUAAUAUGUGCAAUUAUGAGAUCAUGAUGUGAAAACAGGAUAUUAUUAUUAUAUUAUUAUGUAUUAAAUACAUGUCAUUAAUUAAAAAUGUUAUCUGUUCAGUGUCAUUUUUGUUCUCUAGCAAUAAGUGAUGACUUACAUAGUAUCAAACAGAUAAUUGUGAAAUGAGACAUCACUGUAUUAAAAAAAAAAUUGAGAAGGAACCGAGUUAAGCUAGAAUUUAAUCCUCUUUCAUACUUUUGUCAUUAACCCAUCAAACCCUGCAUGUAUGCCCAAGAUAAUGUGGGGUAAGGUAUCUGGUAAAUGUGCAUUAUAUUGAAAUCAAAUUGCA